CCUCACUCGGCAUUUGCGUUCCAGCUACCACCCUAGCAAGGCUCGACGCUUCUUUCUGCAAGUUGAAUUGCUCCAAGGCUUCUUUCUGGAAUUAACUAAUUACGAUCACGAGCUCUCACCCGUGCGUGGUUCAUCUCUCUAACUUCAAGCAGCAGGCACCCAUCGCAAACAGCCAACUCCACGACUCCACCAGAUCAAGACGCAACAUAAGAUUGACUUCCCCGCAUCGCUUAAGCUAAGCAAGCACCUCAUCUUCCUUAUCAUGUCAUGUUUACACCCUAAAUUCACGAGAAUCGCGGACCGGGAAUCACGCCAUUGGAGCCCGCAAUGAGCAUCGCUGCGUGCUUGUACCACCUCCCUCGUCCUCGCAUAGCUUGACCAUCGCCGGACCUAUAUUAUAACUCCGGAGAACCACCAAAAAUGGCAGAAAGAAGUCACUCAGCUCCCCAAUUCCUUGUGUGUGUCUGACCGACACCUCGUGCCAAACACAAUGGGCUUCCUACCCUUUAGUACCGAGACAAAGGAAACGGAGGCGACCUCAGAGCAAUCCAGCGAAAGACUCAGCGUUAUCGACGAUGGCAACUUACAAUAUACCGCUGGUGGGGGUGCGAAUUCCUCCAAGCUCACGUACCAGGAGGCGAGUGGUGCUCCGAUCGAGGCCAAUUCUCCGCUGGGGUACUCGGUAGGUGCGGUGACGGUCAUAUUCUUGAACCUGAGUAAGAUGAUAGGGACGGGUGUUUUUUCUACUCCAUCCACCGUCCUGGACGGCGCCGGAUCCGUCGGCCUAAGUCUCUUCUACUGGGUGAUCGGGUUCUUCAUGGCAUGGAGCAUGCUCUCCGUGUACUUGGAAUUCGUGUCCUACUUCCCUAGUCGGUCGGGCUCCGAGGUGGUGUACCUGGAACAAGCAUAUCCCAGACCGAAGUAUUUCUUCCCGACGGUGUUUGCGAUGCAGACUGUCUUGUUUUCCUUCAGUAGCAGUAAUGCUGUUGUGCUGGCAGAGUAUCUAUUUAAGCUGGCGGAUGCAGAUACCACGGCAUGGAAGGAAAAGGGUGUCGCGGUAGCAGCAUAUACCGUUGCUGUGCUUUUGCUGACCUUCAAUACUAAAUGGUCGCUCUGGCUCGCCAAUGCUAUCGGUGUUGUCAAAUUGGUUACUUUGGUAUUCAUCGGCAUCACCGGCCUCGUCGUUCUCGGCGGUCACACCCCGGUCACAGACCCUCUGGUCAAUUUCCGUGAUGCCUUCUCGGGGACAUCUGGAGCAUCCGUGUACGGAGCAACCAAUGCCUUGGUGAAAGUGAUGUUUUCUUAUGCUGGAUACGAAAACGCCUGCAACGUCGUGAAUGAAGUCAAGAAUCCUGUCAAAACCCUCCGUUGGAGUGCCCCUGCUGCUCUGUUCCUCACAGCCGUGCUCUACAUCCUGGUCAAUAUCGCUUACUUCUCUGCUGCCAGCAAAGAAGAGAUCCUCAACUCGGAAGUCACAGCAGCGAGUCUCUUCUUUGAGAAGGUCUUUGGCACAUCAGGUGCAUCCAGGGCACUGAAUGUCUUGAUCUGCCUUAGUGCAUUCGGAAAUCUUCUGGCCGUAUUAAUCGGCCAGUCCCGCAUGUUGCGAGAAUGCGGACGACAAGGCGUGCUCCCCUUCACCGAGUUUUGGACUUCUACUCGUCCUUUCGGAACACCUUUGGGCCCCUACUUCCUAAAGUGGGCUCUUACCGUUAUCAUGAUCCUCGCGCCUCCGGCCGGUGAUGCCUUCAACUUCAUUGUCGACUUGAGCGUCUACCCCGCCAACCUCUUCAACUUCCUCCUCGCAAUUGGUAUUCUCAUCACCCGGUACCGGCGCCAACGGCUCAAUUUCCCUUCUUCCGGAUACAAAGCCUGGACAGUAUCAGUGUAUUUCGCCAUUCUAUCAAGCUUAUAUAUGCUCGUUGCACCAUGGUAUCCACCCAGCACCGGUGCAGAUGGUGGAGAUGUGAGCUUUUGGUACGCCACAUAUUGCGUUGUUGGCCUUGCGAUUAUCGCCGCCUGCGGAGCAUACUAUUACCUCUGGAUCAAGAUCCUACCGCGGCUGGGCAAGUACGAGCUUCGCCAAACAAUCAUCAAUGUCGGUGGGGAUGCGACAGCACAUAAGCUGGUCAGAGUACCAGUUUCGGAAGUGGAAGAGUGGGAUCGAGAACACGAUGCCGCCGGACGGGUGAGGAGAAGAAAUGUGGCUCAGGAAGAGGUUUUGACGAAGUCAGCUUUGGAUGCGUGAAUUGCCUCCAAAGCUGAAUUUCUCUAGAUAGUCCUUGACUGUACGGUAUGAAAACUCGAC